CUUUUAAGAUGCUCCUGGACUCAUAUUCUUUCUCUUCUACUGCAAACCUACACAACUACUCACCUGAGGCUAUAUUGAUGAGGAAAGAUUUCUGUCUUGUUUCCUUAAUUCACGUGAGUAAAUACCUCUGUGCAUCUUUCUCUUUUCCCACCCACCCCCCUCACAGGGUAGCACCUGGCAUACAUGUGCGGCAGAAAUCAGGAUCCUAAGUUGUUAGAACAGUUUAUACCAGUGCAGAUUGCAUUUUUUUAGAAAUGACCCUUGCUUUUUUUUAAAAAAAGCCCACACCAAUCCUUGCAAGUAGCAAAAGGUAUACUAGUGAGAAGAACCUUUCUCCCUGAUGUGCUAGGUUUCUGUUUGCAUGGAGAAAGCACUAGCAUGCUGUUCUGUCUUAUUCUGUAUGCUGGAGGAGUGGUAUUUCUUUAAUAAUCCCUUGUGUUUAAAAAAAUCCCUAUUAAUAACAAAGGACAUACCAGGGAGAGGGACAUUUUCCCAUGAUGUGCUGAGCAUCUACUUGCAUUUCAGGCAGACUUUUUUUUAAUGAAAAAGGUACUGGAAAUAGUAUCUUCCAUUUGAAGAGGUGCAAUCUGACCUGUUUCAUUCUGACAGGUUUAGAGCAGCCUUAUUGAGAUAGAAAGAGAGAUUGAUCUAUACCUAUACUUCCCUCCGAAAUGACUUGCUCCUCCAUCCCUGGGGUUCAUAGAAUCGUAGGGUUGGAAGGGACCUUCAAGAUCAUCUAGUCCAACUCACUGCACAGUGUAGGAAAUUCACAACUACCCACCCCCCACACACACCUCUGACCCGUACUCCAUGUCCAGAAGAUAACAAAUCGCUGUCAGGAUCCCUAUUCAAACUGGCCUGGGGAAAAUUGCUUCCAGACUCCAGAGUGUUGAUCGGCAUUACCCUGGGCGUGUAAGAAGGGGCCAAGAGAACUAAGUAUUGAUAUAACCCUUUCAAUCCUCCCUCUCAUUAUCUGCCUAGGUUCACAGAAUCAGCAUUGCUAUCAGAUGGCUAUUUAGCUUCUGCUUAAAAACCUAAGAAGGAGCACCCACCACCUCCCGAGGAAGCCUGUUCCACUGAGGGCUGCUUGGUCAGGAAGUUCUUCCUGAUGUUUAGCCGAAAACUUUUAUAAAAUGCCUUUUGACAAAAGAAAGGAAGAGCUUGUCUGCCUGCUCAGACAAUUUUCCUUACGGACUGUGUAUGGGAAUAGCUCAUGAGCAUUUCUUCUGAUUAUUUUUUGUAUUUUUUUUUUGAAUUUCAAACAAAAUGAAUCUCGUCCCCAUCAUUUAUAAAAAGUGCUCUUGCUUUGUUCUGCUCUCACUGCUUCAAAAACUCCCUUUCUUAAAUUCCGUGUAGAUGGUUUUGCUUCCAGUUUAUCACUUCAUGUAUCUACUGUGUGACAUUAUAUCUGGUUGUUUCCAUUACCUGCUUUUUCACUGCAACAAAAUCUACCCUUUCAGUUCUGUAUAUUUUUUGUAUAUGUGUACACUCAAAAUGUAAGCUCAGCAUCCAUAAAAACAUUAGCCCAGUGAAACAUAAGCAAUCUCAGGCCGUAUAGCUAAGCUUCCCAAGGUUCUCUGAAGUGAAAUCCUUUACACAGUUUCCUGGACCGAACCAGAUCCUCCCUGCCCAUAUUACAGAGGGUGGAAUCACUGAGAAGAUAGUUGAUCUAAAGGAGGCCGAGUUCCUCCUUCAGGACCCUCUGCAUGAGAAGCUGGUCAGAACGCUGUUGGCAAGCUUGUUCAGGGAGAUUUCUUUCAGAUCUACAGGUCCCACAUCAUAAAGGGCUGUUCAGGUAAUGUGUUUAGUAAACAAUCCCAAGUUCUGAUGGCCAUCAAAUUAGGUGGAAGUAGGCUUUGUUUUGCAUAAAUGUGGCCAGUUUUUCAUGUUUUAUUCUUAAAACAGUAAUUGAGUUUGCAGAGUGUGGGAUUGAGCAGUAUGGGAGCAGAGGAUGCAGAAGGGGUGGCUAUCCAGUGCUGCAAAGGUUUGGCUUCUGAGUACCACGGCCACUUCCAGAUGGUGCCUAAAUUCCCUUCCCAACCAUGAGCUUUACUCUUGCAUGCAUAUAUUCAUUCAAGAUAAGUGAAAAAUUUUGCAAGUGAAGGAUUGCAGGGGCCAUGUAUGUAACUCUCCCUGUAAAUCCUGUGCUUGAACUUGGUGACCUGUGAUGUCUUCAGAAACGUUCUCCUUCAACCAUCUCCAGGAAACCUGCCACCAUAGAGAAUACUGUGUCAGGAAAGACGCACAAAGAAUCUGCACUCCAGAAUGCAUCACAUCUUUUUAAGUGAAUUGCCUUUGGCUGACUGAUUAUUUCUGAGCUCACCAGAGGCAAUCUUCUGAAAACGAUGCUACUUGCCAGAAAUAGUUCUUUUCACCCCAAAGUCAGACAUUUGAGCAGGAACAGUGCACAAUAGGAUUUGGGUCAGUGGGAACGUGGUAAAAAAAACCUGUGUCUGGAAACAGCCUAAGGGCACAUUGACAUAUUCCCUGAGAUGCUUCUCAGAGUAACAUAUUCCUUUUCCUGGGACUGUCCCUGCUGACCAGGGAAAACUCUUCAAACUGCUCUCCACAAUUUUUUUUUUUGUCCAUGACUGAUUAGUGUUAUCAGUGUGGAUUGAUGGGGAACUAGCACAGACUGAAACACCUGCAUGUCUGGAUUGUUGGUUGUACUGAAAUGCUUUCCAUGAAAUUACAGUUUUCUGGACUUAUUCUCCCAGGGAUAACACAUCUGCUGCUUGUUUGCGCAGCUCAGAAUAGCUGAUGGUGAAGUAAUGCAGAAAUUUCUCAGAUAGUAUUGGCAUAGGCGUUGCUAGAAAUAUCAGGAUUUUUAAAAAAUUCUAUAUUAAAAAAGCAUGAGUGUAAAGAUAGUGUUAUUUGGGUCUUGUUCUAGCAUGUUCCAGUCAAGAGCAAGGUUAGUGAUUUGAAAAACUUUAUUACUGGGUUACACCUUCACAAAACAUUUUGAUAAAUAAUCUCUUAGAAACAAUGUUCCAUGUGGUAAAAUUUUUGUUUCCUGCUCAGAUGGAGAGUGGUAUUGGGAAGUGUUCCUCACCAGCAAAAGUAGCUGAGAUGCUUCUGCUGUUGGAAAGCCUGUAGUUGGCAGUUCUGAGGAGCACAUCUAGGCCAGGUCUAUAAACAGCACCUGAAAGAUUGGAACAAGAUGAAUGAGCAUCCGAAGAAGAGGAAAAGGAAGACUCUGCAUCCUUCGCGCUAUUCAGAUUCUUCAGGCUUACCAAAAUACAUAGACAAUAGUGGCAUAUUUUCUGACCAUUGUUACAGUGUCUGUUCUAUGAAACAGCUAGACGUGAAAGUUUCUGAUAAUCGAGGUAGAUUUCAUACUGCAGUACACAGCACAGAUACUGAUGAGGAUGGCAGCCCAGUGCAUGCUGGGACAUCUCAGUGGAGUGGGGCCCAGUCUAAUGUCAUGGGGCCACACUUCAUGGACUCUAAAAAUAAAGAUAAACCAGCGAAUAAUGGGAUUUAUAAAGACACUUGCGAGUCACCUAUCUUCAAUGACACCUUAACUGAUGAAGAAAAACCUCUGGAUAUUCAGACAGUGGAAAUUUCCACUACAGAAGUCCAGGCUGUGGAAGUUCAUGACAUAGAAACUCAAACAAUUUCCCCGGAAAAGCUCGAGGCAGAGGAUGCUGAGGAAAUCCCCAUGGAAAGCUGCAAGGUGCUGGGGAAGAACCCUCCUUUGAAUGUCACCAUUCAGCCAAAAUGGCCUUUGCUCCGGGCCAACAGCAGUGGCUUGUACAAGUGCGAACGGUGCACGUUUAACAGCAAGUAUUUUUCUGAUUUAAAGCAGCAUAUUGUCCUGAAGCAUAAAACAUGCACCGAGAGCAACAUCUGCCGGGUGUGUAAGGAGAGUUUCUCCUCUAAAAAAGUGCUCAUCGAACACUUAAAAAUCCACGAGGAAGAUCCCUACAUCUGCAAAUACUGUGAUUACAAGACCGUGAUGUUUGAGAACCUGAGCCAACACAUAGCAGACACACACUUCAGCGACCAUCUUUAUUGGUGUGAGCAGUGCGAUGUCCAGUUCUCCUCCAGCAGCGAGCUGUACCUCCAUUUCCAGGAGCACAGCUGCGACGAGCAGUACCUGUGCCAGUUCUGUGAGCAUGAAACGAGUGACCCAGAGGACUUGCACAGCCAUGUGGUGAACGAGCAUGCGGGCCGGCUGAUUGAGCUGAGCGACAGCUACCACAGCAGGCAGCAGCAAGGGCAGUACAGCCUGGUCAACAAAAUUAGCUUUGACAAGUGCAAAAACUUCUUUGUGUGCCAAGUGUGUGGCUUUCGGAGCAGGCUUCAUACCAACGUCAACCGGCAUGUGGCGAUUGAGCACACCAAAAUAUUCCCCCAUGUUUGUGAUGAUUGCGGGAAAGGCUUUUCGGGCAUGCUGGAAUAUUGCAAACACUUGAACACUCACAUGUCUGAAGGGAUCUAUUUGUGUCAGUAUUGUGAAUAUUCAACGGGGCAGAUUGGAGACCUAAAAAUUCACUUGGACUUCAGGCAUUCUGCUGAGCUGCCUCACAAGUGCACUGACUGUUUAAUGAGGUUUGGCAGUGAAAAAGACCUUUUAAGUCAUCUGCAGAUGCACGAAAGUGCUUGAUUGGAUUUGUAGGAUUUUUCCCCCUAGCCCAGAAUAUUAGAAUUAAAAUGUAAUUUCCAUGUGGUAUCUUAAGGCUAAACCACAAAAACAUUUCUUUUUUCCAUCCUCUUCCAACCCCCUUGUUUUACUAGCCACUGGAAGAGGAUUGUGUUAGCCACAGCCACAGUUUUGUUGUGGCUGUGACCACAGUGGCACCCUGUGCAUUGCCCUAAUUGGACAGUGGUAUUGUGAGUUGCAGACAAGUCGGCUAAAAUGUUUCAGUUUACACACACACACACACAUGCAUAAAUACCUCUUUUUGCUUCACCUGUUUACUUACAGGUUGUUCAUGAGGUGUUUGGUACACUUAUAAUAACUUGAGUGCAAUAAAUUGUUUUCUCUCUUUUUGGGGUUUUUUGCUGGCUUCAGUGUUUGCUGAGCUCAGUAGGAGAUAAGUACAUCCAGAUAUCUGACUGUACAGUCUUGGGGUGGGUAGGUUGUGUGUGUCGCUGAACUGUUCACGGUGUUAAUAGUGUGUAUCAUUGAUGUCUGAAGGCACAAAUAGCAUAAUGUCAUUUUGUACCUAUGGAGGGGAAUAAAUAGAUAUCCAG